UAUACAUAUUCAGUAAUUAGAAAAAUUGAACCUAUUCAUUACUAUUUCUAAGGGAGCUCACUCUAGCGGCAAGAAGGCCACACAUUUCCCUUGAGUGAAACAAAACAAAAUCAUGACAGAACUAGUCAAAGACACAAAAAUUGAAGAUGACGAAGAGGAAUUUAUAGACGAGACAUUGGCGGAACGAUUAUGGGGCCUUUCAGAGAUGUUCCCAGAUUCUGUUCGCAGCACAUGUUCAACAGCCGCAAAUUUUUCAUGGAACUCAACGAAAGUCUGUUUCAAAUUUGGCCGCAGUGCACUGUGGAUUCUUGCCUCAAGUUUCACUAUACUGAUAUUACCUGUGAUGUUUGAAAAGGAGCGAGCAUCCAUGCAUGAGCAGCAACUCCAGCAACAAAGACAGAUUUUGUUGGGCCCUAACACAGCAGUUUCUGGUUCAGGAUCAGGACAGGGUGUAAUGGGAAUGAUGCCUCCAGGACUUACCCCAACAGUAGCUUCAUCACCAUAGCUACAUCAGUAUUACCAAAAUUUGUUCUCCUUUCCUGUCUUCUGAAAGAUAGACUUAACUGUGUUCCAGAGCAUUGACUUGGAGAUAGAAAGCUACAUCAUAUUUCACUGCAGUAUAUAUGAACAUGAUGAAAAAUUCAAUAUUAACAGGAUAAAAUUUGAUAGUGUAUUUGCUGUCAGAGAUUUGCCCCAUUACAAAAUAUUGACAUACUGUGCCAGUGGGUAGGCCAACAAAAAAUUAAGAAUGUUAGAGAUAUGUUAUGAAAAACCUUAAAUCACCAGGUUAAAUAUUAGAUUUCUGUUUUCGAUAUAUGUUUGUUUUUAUGUACUUGUGAAAAUAAAUAAGAAACAACA